UGUUUUGGACCAAAGGCCAUGAUCGGUAGCGUUCUAGUAGGGCGGCACGUUUGGGGGGUUUUCUUUGAUUCUUCGGCGGCGGGUGGACGGCCAGUCGAUUGCCGACUGACGCUGAAGAAACAGUUUUUUGCUCGCCGCUGGUGACCGCCCAGUGAUCGAUCGGAGUGAGUGAACCACAUUGCUCAUACAAGAGUACGCUGCAGAUAAACCUUCGGUGUUCCUGAAGAGGAAUUGAGAUGUUAAGCUGGAGAGGAGGCUUGUGGACGGCCGUCCUGGGCUGGAUUCUUUAUCUGCCGUUGGUGGCGCCUAUCGUCCAGUACCAGCCAAUAGAACUGACCGGAAACGGCGAUCAAGAGUGCGCCCUCCUGCUCAACGGCCCCGCUCGAAGCAGCCACUUCGACUACCAAUUCAACCUCCUCCGAGGCGGCAACUUGGACUACCAUGGACCGCACACCUGCAUUACCUACGCAGCAGUCAACGCCGCCUAUCAAGAAGCCAGUAAGCGCAUCCAGGUGGCACAACCGCAUGGGGACUGGAAGCCUGAAGAAGUGGCCACUGUAGGCGAGCUCCUGCUCGAUAUUUCCAACAAUUUAGCCAAGUCGUACGGCCUGAGCUACGAAGACAUUGAAAAAGGCCUGCCUCUGAUCGACACCAGCAAGACGCUGAUCCGCGACAUCUGCCCUCCGUAUCUGUCCAAUGUGGAGUGUCGGGCUGGGAAAUACCGAAGAUACGACGGGUUGUGCACCAACUUGCAACAUCCUACGUGGGGCGCUACGAACACCCCUUUUACCAGGCUGGUGGGGCCGCUCUACGCAGACGGCAUGUCUGAUCCACGUAUCAGCGUUUCUGGUCACGCUCUGCCCGGCUCCAGGGUCGUCUCACGAACUCUCCAUCCAGACCAAGGUUACCACGAUCAUGCGGGCACUGUCAUGAUCAUCGCUUGGGGGCAAUUCAUGGAUCAUGACUAUACUCUAACUGGAACCCCUUUAGACCCAUUCAACCGCAACGAUCCGGAGGAAUGCUGCGGAAAACCGGCCCAUCUGAAACAUCCCUACUGCAACGAGAUCGACAUCCCCGAGGAUGACUAUUUCUACAACAUGUACCACGUUCGCUGCAUCAAUUUUAUCCGGUCCUUCCCUGCAGCGCGGCCUGGCUGCCGGCUGGGCUCUAAAGUACCCUACAACACCCUGACGGGAGUUCUGGAUGCCAACACUGUGUAUGGAGUGACUGAGCAUCAUGCCAGGAAGCUGCGCGAAGGUCACGCAGGGCUUUUGAGGAUGAACCCGGCCUUUUCCGAAUACGGCCUUAAGGAUCUGCUGCCCUUGAAGUUGGACGUGCCGGAUGAGGGCUGCACCAGGCUCAAUGCUAGCAUGUACUGUUUUGAAGCAGGUGAAAUCCGAGUGAACGAGCAACUCGUGCUGACAGUAAUGCACACUCUGAUGGCACGCGAGCACAAUCGAGUGGCACGCGAACUAGCGCUUGUCAACCCGCACUGGGAUGACGAAACCCUGUUCCAGGAGGCGCGCAGAAUUAACAUCGCCAUCAUCCAGCACAUCACUUACAACGAAUUUCUGCCCAUCCUGCUGGGCAAGGAUGUGAUGGAAAAGUUCGGGAUUCUGCUUCAGAAAGAGGGCUACUGGAACGGGUACGACCCCAACGUGAACCCCAAUGUGAUCGACGCCUUCUCAGCAGCCGCCUAUCGAUUUGGACACUCCCUCCUACCAACUGCUGUGGAGAGGUGGAGCAAAGCGCACAAGUUUAUCGCCUCCAAGCGUUUAUCGGACUUGAUCAGAAGACCGUACGACCUGUACAGGGCCGGUGUUUUGGAUGAGUACAUUAUGGGCCUGAUGAACCAAGUGGCACAAGCUAUGGACGACUCAAUUACGCAAGAAGUGACCAAUCACCUGUUCAAGAAGGUGGGCGCGCGCUUUGGCAUGGACUUGGUCAGCUUCAACAUGCAGCGCGGCCGAGAGUUUGGCCUGCCCGGCUACAUGGAGUUUCGGAAGUUCUGCGGUCUACCGGCCGGAGACAGUUUCGACGACAUGUUCGGCUCGAUGCCGAAUGAAACUGUCGUUAAAUAUGCCUCGAUUUUUGAACAUCCGGCAGACAUCGAUUUGUGGUCGGGCGGAGUUUGCGAGCGGCCGCUGCCUGGCAGCAUGUUGGGCCCCACUUUCGCCUGCAUCAUAGCCACCCAGUUCAGCUACUCGCGUCAAGGAGACCGCUUUUGGUACGAACUGCCCAAUCAGCCCUCAUCUUUCACUUUGGAACAACUGGAGGAAAUCCGCAAGGCCCGCCUAGCUCGAGUUAUCUGUGACAAUACCGAUCUAAUCGACACCAUCCAGCUCUACCCGAUGGUGCUGCCAGACCACGAAAUAAACCCGCGGGUUCCGUGUAAGAGCCAGGUGAUUCCCAGCAUGGACUUCUCGAAGUGGGCCGAGUACCCUCACCAGCAGUUCUUUGGGCCGCUAGGUAAAUAAGCGGCACUGUUGCUAUAGUUCAAUUAUUUAUUCCAAUCAAUGUACAUAUCUAGAAUAAUAGCCUUAAGGUCCCAAUUUUUGUACGUUUCCAUGUAAAUAAACCCUCUAAGUUAAAAAAAAAA